GAUGAUUAGUGACAAUUGUGUUUUGAAUUCAUUGUUAGGGAAGGUUUUGUAGUCCUGAGCCGGGUGGGUGAAGGCAGUGUGCACCCUGCACCGGUUUGAUUGACAUAAUAACGUGGGCAACUGGGCAGGUACUGGCGAGGGGGACGAAGAGCUCAGUUAAGUCAGUAGUGUCGCGUCCGCUAUACGCUGCAGACGCGUGUUUGAACCGUAAGAGAGCCGAAUGCCGGUCCUUUCGGCGCGAUGGCGGCCCUCGGCUUGAAAGCUGCGUGAUGUUGAAGCAUGCUCAGCGGCCGCCGGCGGCGAACGAUGCAGACCACCGCUACCAGAACAUGCCGCGGCGGCCGCACCACCACCUACCGCUCAACGUCUCCACCCUAGACUCCUCAAAGCAUUCCGUUGGAGGAACGUCUGCGAGCGUCAGCCCAGGUGCCCAGCCCGCGACCACGGCUCCCAUCCCUGUCGUAACCCCAAUACCAGUCAUCUCACCGCCGAAACUCGCGAAUGGAAACGCUACAGGCGUUCCAAUCUCCCGACCAGUGCCGUCGAGGAGUCGGAGUACGAGAGCGGCCACAGAAGAGGCCCUCACAUCCUUAGCAUUACUGUGCCUUGUUAGUUUACUGCUAGCUUUACUAGCCCUGUUGUUUCUCCUGAAGAUAUCUGCGCCGGCGACUAGUUCGCCCGAGGAAUUCGCUGUGGUGUACGAAGUGACGUUAGCUCUAUGUGCGUUGACAUUAUCGUUGAACCUCUGUUGCUUACUAGUGUGUGCUAUCCAGUUCUUGUUCGCUGUGAAGCUAGUGCACUCCCCAUCAGCACCUAACGGCCGAUCCAACAAAUAUUUGCAAAAGUCGGCCAUCACAAGAGUCUGUGCCGUAGGAGGCUUUUUUAUCUCAAUUCCGGUCUUUUUAACGGGUAUAAUCCUAUACACGUUCAUCCAGUUCCACUCAACGCCAGCCAUCGUGACCUCAGUCUUCAUAGGCGUUGGCAUAAUCUUCUGCGGCUGUGCGAUGGUACACAACGUGUUCGUAUGGCAGAAGGAAAAGACGAACUUAGUCAAAGCAUUCCGCAGCCCCGACUUGAGCACAACGAAUAACAUGAGCACCACUAAUAUGAACACGUCUAACGGAGUGAUCAUGGGCAAUGGGCACCUGAAUAACACAGGCGUGGGCGGCAACUUGAGCUUCCACAGCAUGACUGCCCCGUAUACGCAUCCGAUCACAUUGCUUCAGCAAGGAGGCCCAUAUAUAAUUAGGCCUCCCACAAGCACGCCGCCGGGUGAAGGCGCUGUCACACCGGGCGUACCCGCAGCUACCAUCGACCUCAGCCACGACGCGCACGAACUGAGCACUCUAGUCUGAACACCGCUUUAUGAUCUACACUCUAUUGGUGAGAGCUGUGGUUUAAUUGGGCGGUCCGGGUUCGAUCCCGGCAUGUGCCAUUUGGGAAUUUAUAAUUUCUUAAUU